AUGGUAGCACCUCGAAGCCCAAUUCUUCUCUUCCAAACCACCCACACAACAAGCAGGGCCUCGCCCUGCUUUCACGCGCGCCACCACUCCCUAUCCGCACCUCACACGACCGUUAAACGGCCACACCCACAGCAUGCAGCGCGCCCACGGCCAGCCCCAAGGCCCAGGCAAAAUAUCGCCCACUUUUCCUCCACAAGCCCGUCUCGCGCCCGCGAGCAGAACUACUAUGAGAUCCUCGAUAUCCCCGUAACCGCCACCGCAGCGGAGAUAAAAAAGUACGUCUACCGCCACCCAUCAGGACCAUCCCGAACGACAAGCAGAACACACUCCCCCAAACCACAAAUCAAGACAGAAGGGAACCCAAGAAAAGCUAACGCGCACAGAAAAUUCUACUCCCUCUCUUUAAAAUACCACCCAGACCGCAACCGCUCCGACCCCAACGCCGGCAACCGCUUCGCCCAGAUCUCCUCCGCCUACAACAUCCUCGGCCACGCCACCAAGCGCGACGCCUACGAUCGCGAACAUGGCUUCUACCGCGCAGCCGCCCCGGCCUACCCACAGGGCAGCCAUAGUAGCGCGGGUGCCACCGUGCCGAAAGGUGGCAGCUAUGCAGGCUCGAGGCCGGCGAGCGGGCUGAGCAAUCGGCGCGGGACGUUCCGGGGGCCACCGCCGAGCUUCUACGAGCAGGGCGGGUAUGGGCGGACGGGGCGGACGGCGGAGGGGUCGUCUAGUGGAGGGGGAGGAUUUAGUUCGGCUUCGUUCUCGGGGAAGAAAGGGCCGCAGGCAGAUCCGGAGGAUCCAAUGGGGUUUAUCCAGCGGAAUCCAUUAGAGCAUUUCAAUGCGCGGGAGCACUUUCGGACGCAGCAGAAGGAGGAUAUGAGGAGGGGGGCGAGGAGGGCGCGGGCGGCGAGGGCGGCGUGGGCGAAGGUGCAGGAUGAGGAGCUUGCGGCGUCGUCACAGUUUUCUAUUAUCAGGGUAAUCUUGCUCUUGAGUAUAUUGGGCGGUUCGGCUAUUGCUGUGCAUGCUUUUAGCGUCCCGGCGACGAGUGCGCCGAAGGAUACGGUUGGGGCUUUGUAUGCGCAGCAGAAGGAGCAGAAUAAGAGGAAGAGGAGGGAGAAGGAGGAGUUGUAG